UUACCCCACCCUUGUUAUAUCUUAACCAAAAUGUCCCACAAUUUUUUUCCAUCUUUUUCUCUUCACUAUACUACUAAGCAUUAAGCAAAAUGGCAACAAAUUCAUUCAACUCCAUUCAUACACUAAGAAGAAGGCAUUCUAUAGAUUGUCCUUACCCUUUUUCUUCUUCUUCUCCUUCUUCUUUUUUUCCUAAGACAAUUACCAAAAACCCCUCCUCAUUCUCCAAUCAUAACCUCAUAACUUUCUCUGUUUCCUCAACUACCCCUACCACCACCACCACCACCACCAUCACCACCACCCCCUUCGAUACUCUCGAACAACACUUAAUUUCUCAAAAUUUCCGGGAAGCAGACGAGGAAACUCGCCGUUUACUCAUCGUUUUAGCCGGAGAAGCAGCGGUUAAACGAGGAUACGUUUUCUUCUCCGAAGUUCAGUUCAUUUCCGAAUCUGACCUGAAGGAAAUCGAUUCGCUAUGGAGGAAAUACAGCGACGGAAAAUUCGGUUACAGUGUUCAGAAGAAGAUAUGGAAUAACAAAGCGAACAGAGAUUUCACGAAUUUCUUCAUCAAAAUUGGAUGGAUGAAGAAACUGGAGUCUGAAGAAGUGGAUCAGCACAAUUACAGGGCUUUUCCGAAUGAAUUUAUUUGGGAAUUGAACGAUGAAACACCCGAGGGACACUUGCCAUUAACGAAUGCUCUGAGAGGAACUCAAUUGCUGAAGAGCAUUUUCACUCAUCCAGCAUUUGUUGAAGAUGGAGAUGAAGAAGAAGAGAAGGAAGAUAGUAAUAAUAAUUCAGGGGGAGAUAAAGGGAAAGCUAAAAAAGGGGGUUUAUUUGGGGGUUUAAGGAGUAAAUUAUUUAGUAAACCAGAUUACAGUUUUUAAACUUUUGAAGAAACUAAAAAGUUUGUUUAUUAAUCAAAUCAGUACAAAUUAUGUGAUGAUAAAAAAAAAGUUGAAUGAAUUAGAGUUUUUUUGGUUUA